AUGCAGUCAUGGACAAGGUGCGUCUUUGUCGUUGUUUUUGUCUUUACCGUUCGGCUCGUUUCUUCUUCAGUAACUCAUUAUUCAAUACCCGAGGAAAUGAAGGAAGGGUCUGUUGUUGCUAAUCUAGCUGCUGAUCUAGAGUUGGAUGUUGAAACACUCAGUAAACGGAAGAUGCGCCUUGACAUCAUCGCCAAUAAAAAAUAUUUGGACAUGAACAAAGAGACUGGCGAGCUGUACAUCGUGGAGAAAAUUGACAGAGAGUAUAUUUGUACUACUAAGUCAUCAACGCCCUGCUAUCUAAAAUUAGAGGUGAUACUGGAAAAUCCUUUACGAAUCUUUAAUAUGGAAUUAGAAAUCUUGGACAUGAAUGACAACGCCCCGCAGUUUCGACGAGACGAAAUACAUUUAGACAUAUCCGAGUCAACACCCAGAGGGGAGCGAUUUUCCUUGAGCAAUGCUGUCGACCCCGAUGUGGGAACCAACUCGGUAAAAACAUAUCACAUAAGUGAAAGUGAGCACUUUGAUAUUGAGGUUUAUACGGGGAGAGACGGCUCAAAGUUCGCUGAUUUGAUCCUGACAAAGAGUUUGGACAGAGAGCAGCAGGCCGUUCAUAACCUGAUCCUCACUGCUGUGGAUGGCGGUGCGCCUGCGCGUUCCGGUACUGCCAGCGUUAUUGUCAAUGUUUUAGACACGAAUGACAACGCCCCUGUAUUUGGAAAAGAAAGCUACAACAUCAACAUAAUGGAAAAUUCCCCCAUAGGAAGCCUUGUUGUUCAUCUCAAUGCCACAGACUUAGACGAGGGUUCAAAUUCAGCUAUAACAUAUUCCUAUAGUCUCUAUACGCCGGAGAAAACACAAGAAACAUUCAAUUUAAACCCAAACACGGGUGAGAUCACUGUGAAGGGAAUGUUGAAUUAUGAAGAUUUUAGAAUUUACGACAUGGAAGUUAUAGCAACAGAUGGCGGAACAAAUGCUUUGUCAGGACAGUGUAAACUAACAAUUGUCGUGCAAGAUAUGAAUGACAAUCACCCAGAAAUAUCAAUUAAAUCAUUUCAGAGUCCAGUCAAUGAAGACAUAGAAGUGGGUACUGUGAUAGCAGUGGUUACCGUCAGCGAUAAAGACUCGGGGGAUAAUGGAAUAGUUGAUCUUGCCAUUCCUGAUAACAUGCCUUUCAGACUGAGAGAAUCCUCUGAUAACUAUUUUGAGCUGUUAGUGUCAGAACCUCUUGACCGCGAAAAAGUUCCAGAAUAUGAAAUCACUUUCACUGUUACAGAUAGAGGUUCUCCUCCUUUAUCUGACAAUGAAACAAUGACUUUAGAACUGCUGGACGACAAUGACAACGUUCCACAGUUCUCCCAGUCAUUCUAUACGAUACGCGUAAUGGAGAAUAACGCACCCGGGGCCUUGAUAAGCUCCCUCUCUGCAUUUGACCCAGAUCUCCAUGAAAAUCAGUAUCUUGUAUAUUUUAUACUGGAGAAGGAGGUAGCCAACACCUCCAUGUCCAUGCUAUUCUCCAUUAAUCCAGAGAACGGUAAUCUUUACGCACUAAAGACAUUUGAUUAUGAGAUUGAGAAGGAGUUCCUGUUCCACAUCGAGGCCAGAGACUCUGGUGUUCCUCCACUCAGCAGUAAUGUGACUGUUCACGUCAUUAUCGUGGACCAGAACGACAACGCUCCGGUCAUUGUCUCUCCGUGGCGUGCGCACGGCUCCGUGGUGGAGGAGAAGAUUCCCAGAUCCACAGAUAAAGGCACUCUGGUUGCAAAGGUGAUAGCCAUAGACACCGACUCGGUACUGAACUCUCGUAUUACUUAUCAGUUUCUACAAGUGACUGAUGCCACUUUAUUCAGUCUGGACCAAUACAACGGCGAGAUCCGGACCAUGAGGAUGUUCAGUUACAGAGACCCGCGUCACCAACGUGUGGUUGUUGGUGCCAAGGACAACGGUGAGCCUGCUCUCUCUGCUACAGUUACCGUCAAGCUGUCGACAGUGGAGACUGCUGUUAAGGCCUACUCUGACAUGACUGAAGUACCUCUAGAAUAUGACAUCUUUUCAGACUUGAACCUGUAUUUGGUCAUCGGCCUGGGCUCUGUCUCCUUUCUGCUGUUGAUCACCAUUUUGGUCACCAUUGUGCUCAAGUGUCAGAAUCCCAAGCCCAGCAAAGCUGCUACUGCCUGUAGGAACAGUGUGAUCAGUGAGAGGAAUUCUACCAUUGGAGAUUCUACUCUGGUGUCCAACGAUGCCUACUGGUACAGUCUGUUUCUAGCAGAGACCAGGAAAGGAAAAUUUGUGGUCAGACAGCCUGUGCCAAAGGGCUCCAGGUACAUUGUGUCCAGUCCACCAAGGACCACAGGACUGACAGAGACCAGUGACUCUGCAGCAUCAACUCUGCAGGUGAGAAAUUUCAUUUCAAUCGCGAAAUCUGUACAUUUUUGCAUGUGGUAUUUUUUGCGUAAAUUGUAG